GCGCUAGAAUGUGUCAAUACUGGAGGAAGAUGCACACAUGCGAACACCCCUCAGACCGCCCUUACCUCGAAAUGUGCAAGCCAGGCUACCUCAGCAACACGGUAUGUCCCGACAUCGGCGAAGACCCCAAGCCGCGCAAGAGCUACUUCCCCUGCUGGUACUGCAUCAAAUCCGAAUACCGCGCCGAAGUCGAAGCCGAAGCCGCUGCCAAAGUCACCAAGCAGGUGCAGAAGAUGGCGGACUUCAGGGCGAGGGAUGAACUGCGCAUUAAAGAGGAACGUGUGCGUCGCGAGGCUCGCGAGAGGGCUAGCCGCGAGCGUGAGGAGGAGGUGAGGAGGAAGAUGGAGAGGGCGGCACGGGAGGAACGCGCGAAGAAGGAGGGUGGGCUGUGGAUUGAGACGGGGAGUGGGAAGAAGGGGAAGGAUAGGAAGGGAGUCAGUGCUACGUCGGGCCCGCUUUCUGCUCCGCCGGUCAUGAAGACGAUUGUUGCGCGGGAGAAGAAGGAGAACGUUGCUGUCAAUGUGGGUGUGGGCGAGGGAAGUGACAGGAAGGAGAAGGAGAAGAGCCUUGAUUUGGGUGGUAGGGCAGGCACCUGGGGCCCGAAGAAGAUGCUGAGUCCGGAGCCUCUCCUCCCGAAGAAGAUCCUGAGUCGCAAGGAGAACAUUGCGGUGAGAGAGAAUGGUGGAACGAAGAAGUAAGUGCGAGUACGGUGUAAGAGGAGAUAUUUAGCUCGCAUGAGUGGUGAAUCGGAACGAGAGGAGCGAGCUGGGAGUCUGGGAGAUCAGGCAAUAUCAUGCCUAGCAAGGAACGACGAGG